GGCUGCUGCCCUGUAAGUCCUCGCGAGGGAGUCUGUGGAACGGCUGAGGAAGGAGAAGGAUGCACAAAAGGCAGGAGGGCGAGGAGGUGACAAAAUUUACAUGGUUCUGUCUCACUUGGGUAUAAUCCUCUGUCUCUUCUGGCAAACAACAUGAUGUCAAACAGGACUAAUCCUGCCUACCAGAGUCUUGCGACAGAUUCCAGUAAGAUGAUGGAAGAGUUCAGCCACAUUCAAAGCCAGAUGGAAUUACAAAAUACUGGUUUAGGAAAGGAGGUAGCCAUGAAUUCUCUUGAAAAUGAUCUCCAGGACAUAAUGGACAGGCUCAACCAGAAAAAAUAUUCAUCAAGUCUGAAAUUAAAAGCAAAUGGUGACUACUCUGGUUCUUAUUUAACCCUCUCACAGCCUUUGCCAUCCAAGUCUAGCCCUGCGUCCAGUGUUAGAAGUAUGUCGUCUGUGACCAAAAUUCAAGGAAGCAAACCAUUGGCUUGUGAGAGCUCUUAUCUUUCAGACAAGAAUGUCUCUGCAAAGCAGAUAGGCUCCAUUUCAGGCACGUCUCCAUCGUUAAGUGGGUACAGCCAAGGGAAGAGAGACUUUGAUAUUUAUGCUACCAGAGAAAAUGAAAAACAGUUUGGACAUCUGAAUAAAUUUCCCUACUCAAAGUAUAGCCAUAAAAAUAAAUCUUAUGAUAAUGUCUACUUCCCAGGAGUGGUGGAUGGGCGGAAAAACUCUGGAUCUCUUCUUGCGAUGUGGAAUGGAAGCUCAGGGAAUGAGAUUAUUUUUUCACCAGUCGGCAGUUCUGGAACUGCCAGUAUGCCCUCCAGUCCAAAGCAAAGCAGGAGGAUGAAUAUUCAGGAUAUUCUGUCACUUCAGUCCAGGGCACCUAAACAGAAGGACCCAAUAAUGGAAGCUCUAGGGUCUAGAACCAGGAAGUAUUCUGGCGGUUCGCUGAGCCAUAUGGGAGUUUAUAGCCGUUCGUUACCCAGGCUUUACAAAUCAACAGAAAAUCAGCUCGUGCCGCUAAGUUUACCCCCAAGAAGCUCCCUUGGUAAUUCCAAAAGAAAAAAGACUACAGACAAAGAUCUUCUACCUCAAAGUAUGCUGGAUGCUGACAAUUACCUUAAUUUUUCUUCUUAUAGCUCAGGGGUGUCACCAUAUACAAACUUUGCACCUGAAACCAAUUCCUAUGUGAAUUCAACUCUCAGUGUUCCUGCAAGCCCUCGCAUAGCUCGGAAAAUGCUUCUGGCUUCUUCUUCCUCAUACGCAUCUGACGACUUUGAUAGAGUUGGACUUUCUGGGACCAGCCCCAAUAAUUCUUUUAUUCCUGUUGAUUCUUCUGAGAGAGCAUUCCCUGUCAGAAGGAAAGUUUCCAGCAGUUCCAUGGAGUUUGAUGAAACAGAGCUGGAAAAUCUCAAGCAGACUUCUUUUGUUCGGGAAAGAAAGAAUAGCAUUAGCUCCGUUUCUGGAAGAGAUGACCUAAUGGACUACCACAGGAGGCAGAGGGAAGAAAGGCUUAAAGAGCAAGAGAUGGAACGACUGGAGCGCCAACGUCUGGAGACCAUUCUUAACCUGUGUGCAGAAUAUUCCAAACCUGACAGUGAUCCUGCCAUUGUCACAACUGUAGCUGAUGUUCAAAAAAUUAAUAAAGAACUUGAAAAACUUCAGCUGUAUGAUGAAGAUUCUGUAUUUGAAGAUUCUCAGAUGACCCCAGAAACAAGAAUCAGAAACCGCUUGCAAUCACCUACUGGAGACUCUGACUUCUCUGAAUUCAGUGAGCUGGGUCAAAAUGCUAUGGGAUUCUUUUCUCCAAGAGGGAUUAGAACAAAUAAACAUUUAACUGACCACAGGACGUCUUCACCUUUACCUUCUUCUUCAUUCCUGAAGGGUGUUAAUGAAUCUUCCUAUUUGAGCAUCAUGUCAAAGACACCAGACUGCAUAAGCGAUGAACAAAGAGCAUUAGAACUUAAUCAAAUGGAAGAACAACGCAUUGUAAUACUGAAUAAUUUGGAAGAACUUGAACAAAAGAUUAAAGAUUUAAGUGACCAGAUGGAUGAAUCCUCCCGAGAGAUGGAUAUGGAAUGUGCCCUAUUGGAUGGGGAGCAGAAAUCUGAAACAGCUGAACUUCUUAAGGAGAAGGAAAUACUAGAUCAUUUAAACAGGAAGAUAGCAGAGCUGGAGAGAAAUGUUGUUGGUGAAAAGACCAAGGAAAAAAUAAAGCUUGAUGCUGAAAGGGAAAAACUAGAAAAGCUUCAGGAGCUUUACUCCGAGCAGAAGACCCAGCUUGAUAAUUGCCCUGAGUCCAUGAGGGAACAAUUACAACAGCAGCUAAACAGGGAUGCUGACCUGUUGGAGGUGGAAAGCAAGCACUUUGAAGAUCUAGAGUUUCAGCAGCUUGAAAACGAGAGCAGGUUGGAUGAAGAGAAAGAGAAUUUAACACAGCAACUCCUACGUGAAGUAGCUGAAUAUCAGCGCACCAUUGUCAGUAGAAAGGAAAAAAUCUCUGCUCUCAAAAAACAAGCCAAUCAUAUUGUCCAGCAGGCACAAAGAGAACAAGAUCAUUUUGUCAAAGAGAAGAAUAACCUGCUAAUGAUGUUGCAAAGGGAGAAAGAGAACCUUUGCAAUCUAGAGAAGAAAUACUCUUCACUAUCAGGAGGAAAAGGAUUCCCUGUAAGUCCUAGCAGUCUAAAAGAGGGUUAUAUGAGUGUAAAUGACAUUAGUGAGCCGUAUGGCAAUUCCACGAAUAUAUCCCCUUCCACUCAACCCCCUACUGCUGCUGAUGCUGUUCCCACUGAACUUUCCACAGCUGGCCUGAUGAGCCAGCCACAAAAUAAAGAGCUAAGACCAUCUCUCUGUUCUGGAUUUGUGUUUCCUCACUCCUUUUCUCCUCGCCCUCUUGCACAACUUUCACCAGCCCACUGGCCUGAGGUCAGGGCUACAAAUGUAGAGCCUUUACCUUUACCUGACACACCACCUCCUCUCCCAGCUAAGAAACACCGAAGGCAAUCGCAGCACUUCAGAAAUCUGGAGGAGAGAAAGAAGCAGCACAAAGAGGGUCCAUACAUGAGUGAUACUUUGCCGCGCAAGAAAACGGCUUCUUCUGUAUCCCCCCAUUUUAGUAGUUCUACUCUUGGACGAAGUGUUAAGGCUCAUCUUCCACUUGGACAAAGCAAUAGCUGUGGCAGUGUACUUCCUCAUUGUUUGGGGACCACAACCAAGGAGUCCGAAUCAAGGAGGUCUCACAAAGGAAAAGGCAAAAAAGGUUAUAACCACCAACAUAUAUGUGAUGAUCAAAGCCAGAAAUCUCCUGAAUUCUAUAGCAGAACUGCCUCUGAAUCUAAUGUAUAUCUUAACACCUUCCAUUAUCCUGACCAUAGUUUCAAGGACCAUGCCUUUGACACUCUAAGCUUAGACAGUUCUGACAGCAUGGAGACCAGCAUAUCUGCCUGCUCCCCAGAUAAUAUUUCCAGUGCUAGUACUUCAAAUGUUGCAAGAAUAGAAGAAAUGGAAAGACUUUUGAAACAAGCUCAUGCUGAAAAGUCACGAUUGCUUGAAUCCAGGGAACGAGAAAUGGAAGCUAAAAAAAGAGCAUUAGAAGAAGAAAAACGACGUAGAGAGCAACUAGAAAAAAGGUUGCAAGAAGAAACUAGCCAGCGCCAAAAACUAAUUGAAAAAGAAGUUAAAAUACGUGAAAAACAAAGAUCCCAGUCUCGCCCUUUGACUCGUUAUUUGCCGGUCAGAAAGGAAGAUUUUGAUCUCCGCGGCCACGUAGAGACAGCUGGCCACAAUAUAGAGACCUGUUACCAUGUCUCACUUACUGAGAAGACCUGCCGAGGUUUUCUAAUUAAGAUGGGAGGGAAAAUUAAAACGUGGAAAAAACGAUGGUUUGUGUUUGAUAGAAACAAGAGAACAUUUUCUUAUUAUGCAGACAAACAUGAAACUAAAUUAAAAGGAGUAAUUUAUUUCCAAGCCAUUGAAGAAGUCUAUUACGAUCAUCUAAAGAAUGCUUAUAAGAGUCCUAAUCCAUUGCUUACUUUCAGCGUUAAGACUCAUGACAGAAUAUAUUACAUGGUGGCCCCCACACCAGAAGCUAUGCGGAUAUGGAUGGAUGUAAUUGUCACAGGGGCAGAAGGCUAUACCCACUUCAUGUUAUAGUAAAAUGGUGCAAAGGUUCAUUGACAGGGCAUAAUGCAAUAAAAGCCUCACAUCUAGGGGUAAAAAGCCAUAUUUAGUUAUAUUUGACAAGCUACAUGAAAUAGCAAAAACUAAAAAAUCACGUACCAUUAUGCUUCAAAAUGAUACACAUUCUGUAAAAGCAGCAUUAAUUCUUAGAUUUGUUAAUCACUGUUAUUGCAGGAGAAAAGAAAAUCUGCCUAAAAGAUUGUAGUGCUCCAAAAUGGAUAAUCAGAUCACCAUAAGCCUGGCACACAGAUUCUGUGGCAUUUUCUUACAAAUUUUGUCAUACAGAACUUUCUUAAUAAAAAUAAAUUUCAUAGGUUGGAAGUAUUGAUAUAUUCAGUAUUCAGUAUCAAGAAAUUAAAGGGGAAGGUAUGAUGCCUAUAUUUAAUUACAGGGUUUCUCUACAAUUUUAAUGUUAUUUUCCUUAUAGGUAUUUUAUAACAAAUUUUAAAACCACAGUUUGUGGUGUUUUUGUCUUAAUUCACUACAGAGCCAAAGAUUCACACUAUAUGAUAAGACCUUGUUUCUAUAUAAGUAAAGAGUUUUCAGUUCUUUUCAUAAAUGCGAAACUUCAUAAAUGGAGUUUCAAAAUAUUAAUACUAUUAUGAUGUUAUUCUGAAAAUGCUGGACAGAAGUUACAAGUAUGAGGUCAGUUUCAAAGUUAACACAAAAUUGAGUAUCCUCCAAGAGAAAUCCUUUUCAGAGGGCAGCAUCGAAUGAAAAUCCAUAUAUACAGGGCUUACAUUCUGCAUGUCAUUAUUUAUGGUGGUUACUUCAUUUCUUUAAAAAUUAAGAUAUUCUUCUUAGCAGGAUAGACUAGUACAGCUAAAAACUGCAUCUAAAAGGCCAUUUGGCAAUUUAGCAACCCACAAUCUCCCCUCCACCCCACUUACAAUAUUUUUGUGAACCGCCCAGAGAGCUUCGGCUAUUGGGCGGUAUAAAAAUGUAAUAAAUAAAUAAAUUACAAGAUUUUUUGUUAUAUAAACUACAGAAAAGACGUCAAUUGACAAAAGCUUCAUUCACAAUUUUUGGACCCUAUAGAUAUAUCAUAGAGCCACAGAUGGGUGAGAGAAUAAUAUCCUGUACUCCUAUUGAAAAUAUUUGUGUACUCAAUUUUCGCAUAACCAUGAGAGAUUUUAAUGUAACUGAAUACUCUCUAAGGGUUAGUUGAUUUACAGACCAGAAUUUGAGGCAGAUUUCUUUGACACAAUUAGUCUUCAACCAAAGUCCUUGACUUUAGGAGUAUCUCUUUCUUAGCAUGUGUGCACAUGCACACAGACACACACACACACAAUGGCUGCAGUUUAAUGGAUGCCUGAACAGAAGGCAUGUAAACUUAUUCCGCAUUGUAAACAAUGCAGCUGGCUCCAUUGCUCACUCCUCUUACUGCUGUGCUUCUGAUUCCAUCCUCUAGGGUGUCGUCACAGCAUUCUUUAUGUCUUCAAUUACCAUGUGAGUUCAUACCUUACGUUGCUCUUUAAUCUUUAAGCAUUUUGUUUCCCAAAUGUACUUGAAGGAGGUUGUUUCUGUGAUAAAUAUUCCAAAAAUGUAAACAUAAAAUGUCAUUACAAUUCCCCUAAAUCAAGUAGAGUUAAUAAAUUAUACUAAUUUCUAUGCCGUAUGGUAUCCGAAGAACAAACAGGGGACCAGAGCUUAGUGGAAGAGCACAUGCUUUGAAUGCAGAAGGUCCAAGGUUCAAACCCUGGCAUCUCCAGUUAAAAAGGAUCCAAUAGCAGGUGAUAAGAAAACAUUUGCUUGAGUUGCUGCCAGUCAGAGUAGGACAAAGUGUCUUCUCUACCUAUAAAGCUGAAAGUAUGUGUGUGAGACGUAUGACCAGAAAUGUUUACCCACUUCCAUAUGAGUUAGAAUCUUGAAAUUUGGCACGUUGAUACGUCUCUGUACAAUGUACCAGAAAAAUCUAAAAACAUGACAUUUGGUGUUUUAAGUAUUUUUAAAUAAUAAUAAUGAAAAACCUAGGCCACUAUCUCAAUCCUAACUCAGCUCCCGCUUCCCUGACCUCUCACUAACUGUCUUUGUUCUCCUUCUGCCUGACUUUCUCCAACUGCCACCAACCCUGCCCACCAUUUCAUUCUAGCCUCAGCUCUCAGUCAUUUCUCCAUUCACUCUUCUGUUUCAAUGGUAGGCUUUUACAUAAAAAUCAUAAACUUUAUUCAGUAAUUCCUGCAUCUGUCUUGGAAAGUUGUAGUUUAGAUAUAACAGAAAAAAAGCAACAUAAAAAAAUCUCAUCAACUUAAAAGGCCUUGGGGCGGGGGGGAGGAACACUUGGCACUGGAAAGCCAUUAAUGCAGUCACUAGGCAAGCUUGCCCGGGAGAAAGAAAUUCACAAGCAGGGUGCCACAACUAAGAAGACCCACUCUCCAAUUGUCUCCCACCACACCUCAGACAGUGUUCAAUGGUUAAUACAUUCACAGAUCUAGGCUUAUGCUUACAGCUCCCAGCAUGCCUUGGGCGGGAGGGAAGGCUUAUUGGGCUUUGGCAGCCAUUAUCUGGAAAUGGCUCCUCAUCCUGAGCCUGAAGGGAGAGUGCCUGGGGCCGGCUGCUGUCACUAGGCACCAUCGGGAGCUGGAGGAAAGGAGGGUGCAGCUCUGGAUCCAUUGACAAUGGCAAUGACUAAGCUAACAGUCAGGUGGCUGGCUCCCUCACACCCUGUGUAUGGGCACUGAUCACAACGUACAAUGUGGACUGUCUUGGCCAGAUUUCACUUCCCUUGAGUUUCAGUGGCAGGAUCCCCAUUGGGCAAGUUGGGCACCGCAGCGAAAGACAUUCUGGGAAUUGUAGUUUUCAUUUUCUGUGGGGAUAAGGAAAAUCAUGGUGGUGGCUUCAAGGCAGCCCUGGCCAUGUGUCAGGGAUGAGACAGAAUAAGAAACAAAUUCAAUUCAUUUUAAUGUUACCUCACAGGCCUUGUAUUGGCCUACAUUGCAGGGUUGUCCUGAGGGUCAGGGAGGGGAAAAAAGAAAUGGAUAUAGUUCGAUUAAAAGUUAACUCACAGGCCUAGCACCAGCCUACUACUUUAAGAUGAUUACCUCGCAGACAUAUAUCUUAGGGGGCCCGAGCAACACCAGGUAUAUCAGCUAGUACCUGAAAAAAGGCACCUUCCUAUGAUGUUAUGGCAAAUGAUGGAUUUCAGACCAAGUGGAUCCAUUACUGUUUGAUGGUCUGGAGAUGGCCACCCAUCAUGAGCCCAGGAGAGUCUGAAGUUUUAAUGUACUCACGGGAUUACCAUAUGUUUUGUAAAGAUUAUAUAUUCCUUAAAUAUUUUUUUCCAUUUAAAAUACAUCUUUAGUCUUUGGAUAUUGUAUUUAGAUGAAUGAUUGAAUUUUGAACUUCAAGUCUGUGUUUGAUAUUCUCUUUUAAUCAUUUGACUUUGUAAGUGCCAUAUGUUCUCAAUGCAGUAAACUAAAUUGUGAGCAAAUUAUGCAUAAUAAAUUACACUUGCAGAACUGUUGUAAUUUUGAAAUAUAUCCUGUGUAAAGGAAAAAAAAUUUUUUGACAUGAUGUGCCCAGUAAUGUGGUUAAAAUAAUUAACAAAUGCCACAUAGUCCAAAAUGUAUUUACUUGAAAGUAGAUAUCAAGGAAAUUAGGUGUGCUUACAGUCAGGGCUUAAAGGCUGUAUUUCCUUAAAUUCAGUAAACUACUUUCAAGUAAUGCAGUGUAAGACUUCAAUCCUAUAUACCUUUACCUGGGAGUUAGCCUUAUUUAACUCGGUAGAACUUACUUCUGGGUACACAUGCAUAGGAUUGUACUGCAAAUGACGCAUACCAGACAGGAAGUCAUUGGACUAAAUCUAACCCAUUGUAGACUCCAAUAAAAGGAAGGAACUGUUACCAUAAAGCCUAAGUUGAAUGUUCUAAAAAUAAUAAUCAGGUAAACAAUAUUUGCAACAUUUGAAGAUAAGUUCCAGAAGUGAAUGGUUUAUAUAAUUUCUUUCAUGUAUUCUGAUUUUACUUCUAUAUAAUUUUGCAGUUUUUUUAAUUGUUUUGUAUC